AAACAGGUGUGUUUGUGCUUCACUUUCCUGUCCAGGUGUUUGUUUAACAGCGAUCACAAAACCGAAAGUGUUUUAAAGACUUCUGGAUUCUAUUUCUACAACAUCGUCUCAACUACUGCGAACAGAGACACAGGGUCAUGUUCAGGAAAUGAGGAACAUCUGAUGAUCUUCAGAGACACAAAGAUCUCAGAGAAGAGAAGAAAAAGAUGAGUCUCUCAAAGAAACAGAGUGUAAGAUCAGGCUCUCAUGUGUCCAGCUCUGUGUCUGUGAAGAGCAACUGGUCAAAAGAUAACCCACCGAGAUUCAGUGAGGAAACACCAUCAGCUACUGAAAGGCUUCAAUAUGAACCAUUAGCCUCAGACAUCCAGAUUAACAGGAAUCACAGAAAUUUCCCAGACAACCUCCUAGGAAUCUUUCAGGAUCUUGAGAAGAAAAUAAUCACAUUUCUAAAAAAUGAGCUUGAAAUGUUCAAGAAAAUUUUACAGAAAGAGAACAAGCAACACUUUGUGGAGAAUUUUAAUGAGAACAGAAGCAGUAACAGAGAAGCAGCUCUUGAUCUCACGCUUUCCUUCUUGAGAGAGAUGAAGCAAGAUAGAGCUGCUGAUACUCUAGAAGAUGAGUUGAUCUUCAUUCAUCAGCUAAAGUGUAGUCUAAAGAAGAAGUAUAAGUGUGUGUUUGAAGGAAUCACAAAGCAAGGAGACUCUACACUUCUGAAGAACAUCUACACAGAUCUCUAUAUCACUCAGGGUUGUAGUGAACAGGUCAAUACUGAACAUGAGGUCAGACAGAUUGAAGUUGCUUCCAGUCGUCAUGAAACACAAGAGAAACAGGUUGAGUGCAAAAAUUUGUUUGAAGCAUCUGAACAAGACGAGCAGAUCAGAACUGUACUGACAAAAGGAGUCGCUGGCAUCGGAAAAUCAGUCUCUGUGCAGAAGUUUGUUCUGGAUUGGGCCGAAGGAAAAGAAAAUAAGGAUAUCAGCUUCGUGUUUCCUCUUCCAUUCAGAGAGAUGAACUUAAAGGAGAAAGAAAAACUAAGUUUGAUGGACCUUUUAACUCAGUUUUUCCCAGAAACAAAAGGACUGAAGCUUACGAGAAGAAAUCAGUUCAAAGUCCUGUUCAUUCUUGAUGGAUUGGAUGAAUGUCGACUUCCUCUAAACUUUAAGGAUAAUAAGAUAUUGUGUGAUGUUUCAUCAGCAGCCUCUCUGGAUGUUCUCCUAACAAACCUCAUCAAGGGAAAUCUGCUUCCUUCUGCUCUCAUCUGGAUCACCACCAGACCAGCAGCUGCCAGUAAGAUUCCUCCUGAAUGUAUCGAGCGGCUGACAGAGAUACGAGGAUUCAAUGAUGCACAGAAGGAGGAGUACUUCAGAAAAAGAUUCACGGAUCAGAAUCAGGCCAAAGAAAUCAUUGAACAUGUUAAACAAUCAAAGAGUCUCUUUAUCAUGUGCCACAUCCCAGUCUUCUGUUGGAUUUCAGCCACAGUUCUCCAGAACAUUUUAGAGGAGAAACGAAAAAAUGUGAUGAAAAAUAAUGAGUCUGAAGAUGCCUCCAAAACACUACAGGAGUCAAAUACUGAAGACACUCCUAAGACUCUGACACAAAUGUACACACACUUUCUUAGAUUUCAGAUCCAGCAGAGCAGAAGAAAGUAUGAUGGAGAACACACACCAGAUGUUUCUUGGGAUAAAGAUGCUAUCUUUUCACUGGGGAAACUGGCAUUUGAUCAGCUGGAAAGAAACAAUGUGGUCUUCUAUGACACAGAUCUGGAAGCCUGUGGUAUUGACGUCUAUAAGGCAUCAGUGUACUCAGGCAUGUGUACCCAGAUCUUUAAGGAGGAAACAGGGAUCGUUCUUGGUACCAUGUACUGCUUCGUUCACUUGAGCAUUCAAGAGUUUAUUGCAGCUCUUUAUGCUCAUCUGUUUCUGGACAUCAACAAAAAAAGUGUGUUUGAUCAAGACUCUACACAACAAGAAAACAAAAGUGAAAUUGAUUUCCUCAAGACUGCAGUGGACAAGGCUCUAGAGAGUGAUAAUGGACACCGAGAUCUUUUUCUUCGAUUCCUCCUUGGUUUGUCACUCCAGUCCAAUCAGAGACUCUUACAGGGUCUGUUGACACAGAAAAAUAAAAAUGACCUUGAGCAAAAAGAAAUAGUUGAGUACAUCAAGCAGAAAUUUGAAGCUAAUCUGUCUCCAGAGAGAUCCAUCAAUCUGUUCUACUGUCUGAAUGAAUUGAACGACCAAACUCUGGUGAAAGAGAUUCAGACCCACCUUAACAAAGGAAGUCUCUCAUCUGCUGACCUUUCACCUGCCCAGUGGUCUGCUUUGGUAUUUGUGUUGUUGACAUCAGAGGAGGAGCUGGAGGAGUUUGAUCUUCAGAAAUUCAAGAAAUCAGACGAGUGUCUCAUUAGGUUAUCAGCAGUCAUCAAAACCUCCAAAAGAGCUCUGCUAAAUGAUUGUGGUUUAACAGACAAAAGCUGUUCAGCUCUGGCUUCAGUUCUUGAAUCAGAUUCCAGUCUGAAAGAGCUGAACAUGAACAAUAAUAAUCUACAGGAUUCAGGAGUGAAGCUGCUCUGCACUGGACUGAAGAAUGCUAAUUGUAAAUUAGAGAUACUGAGACUCUCAGACUGCAGUAUCAGUGAAGAAGGUUAUAAAGCUCUGUCUUCAGCUCUGAGAUCAAACCCUUCACACCUGAUAGAGCUGGAUCUCAUAGGAAAUGAUCCUGGAUCAUCAGGAGUGAAGGAGCUCAGUGAUUUACUUCAGGAUCCUAACUGUCAACUAAACACACUGAGGUUUUUGGGUCCUGCUGCAGAUGAAGGCUGUCAGUAUGUGACUGGAAGUGGUAAAAACCCGUUACUCCUGAAAGAGCUGAAUCUGAGUGAACAUGAACUAGAAGACACACGAGUGAAUCAGAUCUCUGCUCUACUGCAGGAUAAACACUGUCAGAUCAACACACUGAAGCUAAAUGAUUGUGGUUUAACAGACAAAAGCUGUUCAGCUCUGGCUUCAGUUCUUGAAUCAGAUUCCAGUCUGAAAGAGCUGAACAUGAACAAUAAUAAUCUGCAGGAUUCAGGAGUGAAGCUGCUCUGCACUGGACUGAAGGAUAUUAAUUGUACAUUAAAGAUACUGAAGUUGUGUGAUUGUGGUUUAUCAGAGGAAAGCUGUUCAGCUCUUGCUACAGUCCUGAGAUCAAAUUCCAGUCUGAAAGAGCUUGACAUGAGCAACAAUAAUCUGCAGAGUUCAGGAGUCAAGAAACUCAAGAACGCUUUAGAAAAUACAGAAUGCACAUUGGAGAACCUCAGACUCUCAGACUGCAGUAUCAGUGAAGAAGGUUAUAAAGCUCUGUCUUCAGCUCUGAGAUCAAACCCUUCACACCUGAUAGAGCUGGAUCUCACAGGAAAUGAUCCUGGAUCAUCAGGAGUGAAGGAGCUCAGUGAUUUACUUCAGGAUCCUAACUGUCAACUAAACACACUGAGGUUUUUGGGUCCUGCUGCAGAUGAAGGCUGUCAGUAUGUGACUGGAAUCGUGGGUAAAAACCCGUUACUCCUGAAAGAGCUGAAUCUGAGUGGACAUAAACUAGGAGACACACGAGUGAAUCAGAUCUCUGCUCUACUGCAGGAUAAACACUGUCAGAUCAACACACUGAAAUUAAGAGGCUGUUAUAUGACAGAUGAAGGUUGUUCUGCUGUGACUUCAGCUCUAAAAUCAAACCCAUCACACCUGAGAGAACUGGACCUGAGUGAGAAUAAACUCGGAGACUCUGGAGUGAAACACCUCAGUGAUCUACUGAUGAACACACAAUUCAAGCUGGAGAAACUAGAUCUCUGUAGAUGCAGUAUUACAGAGAAACAGAGUCUCAUCCUGACUUCAGCUCUGAUAACAAAUCCAUCACACCUGAGAGAACUGAACCUGAGCUUGAAUCAAAUAAAAAACACAGGAGUGAAUCACUUAUGUGACAUACUGAAGGAUUCACACUGUAAACUGGAGAGAUUGAGGUUAAGAGGCUGUGAAAUGACAGAUGAAUGUUGUUCUGCUCUGACUUCAGCUCUGAAAUCAAACCCAUCACACCUGAGAGAACUGAACCUGAACGGGAAUCAAAUAGAAAACAUAGGAGUGAAUCACUUAUUUGACAUACUGAAGGAUUCACACUGUAAACUUGAGAGAUUGAUGUUAAGCAGCUGUGGUUUGACAGCUGAAGGUUGUUCUGCUGUGACUUCAGCUCUGAAAUCAAACCCAUCACACCUGAGAGAACUGAACCUGAGUGAGAAUAAACUCGGAGACUCUGGAGUGAAACACCUCAGUGAUCUACUGAUGAACACACAAUUCAAGCUGGAGAAACUAGAGUUAAGCAGCUGUGGUUUGACAGAUGAAGGUUGUUCUGCUGUGACUUCAGCUCUACAAUCAAACCCAUCACACCUGAGAGAACUGAACCUGAGUGAGAAUAAACUCGGAGACUAUGGAGUGAAACACCUCAGUGAUCUACUGAUGAACACACAAUUCAAGCUGAAGAAACUAGAUCUAUGUGGAUGCAGUAUUACAGAGAAACAGAGUCUCAUCCUGACUUCAGCUCUGAAAUCAAACCCAUCACACCUGAGAGAACUGAACCUGAGCUGGAAUAAACUCAGAGACUCUGGAGUGAAACACCUCAGUGAUCUACUGAUGAACACACAAUUCAAGCUGGAGAAACUAAAUCUGUGUGGAUGCAGAAUAACAGAGAAACAUCUCAUCCUGACUUCAGCUCUGAAAUCAAACCCAUCACACCUGAGAGAACUGAACCUGAGCUGGAAUCAAAAAAACACAGGAGUGAAUCACUUGUGUGGCGUACUGAUGGAUUCACACUGUAAACUGGAGAGACUGAGUCUUUAUGACUGUGGCAUUACAGAUGUUUCUUCUUUAACUCAGUGUUUGACAAAAACAGAAACACUGCAGUUUCUAAAAGAGCUUGAUCUGAGAUGUAAUAAGAUCAGAGACUCAAAGCAGCAGCUCAUUGAUGUGCUACGAGACUCAAACUGUAAACUGAGUGUAGAUCAAAAUCCAUAACCAGAAACCUGUGAUAGAGUUCAAUCACAAGAAAUAUAUGAAGGAGUUCAAUCACUAAAAAAUGCUGUUUUGAAGUCGACUUGAGAGGAGCACUAAACAUCAAAUGAAGAUCCACAGAAGAGCGGCGCUACACUGUUAGACUUUUUAUUGUAUUUGUACUGUAACUUCCUGGCAGCCCUAUGGCUACUAAGUUACUGUGUCUUUACAGCCGUUUACCUGUAUAUGUGUUUUACAAUAUGAUGCCGUUACCAGAGUUUCAUUUUACAGUAUGAUACUCUUACUGCAACUUACUUUUACAGCACAACACUAAAGUUUUGUGUCCAUGUAUCAA